AACGUUGGAAGCUGGGUAUUUAACACCAAUUCCAAUCUUACAGUCAUUAUAUAAUGAUGAUCCAAAUUCAUUGAUAUUGUGUUCAACAGAGAUACUAUUUAGUAAUUAGUUAUCAACAUGGAUUGAAAGUAAGGAUACUAUGCAUAUCGUCACCAUGUAAUCUUUUGGUACAUUAUUGACACUAACCCUUAAGAAGUAAGGAUACCCAACAAUAACACUAAAGAAGUAAGGAUACCCAACAAUAACACUAAAGAAGAAAGGAUACCCAACAAUAACACUAAAGAAGAAAGGAUACCCAACAAUAACACUAAAGAAGAAAGGAUACACAUCAAUAACACUAAAGAAGAAUCAAUGUAAAGAAAAACAGAUACUGUUCUUGAGUUCAUCAUCAAUAAGAUUGGUUGUGAUUACGCUACUUAUAAGGUGACACAAAAUGCGAAUACUGCCUCGUGGUAGACGAAAAGAAACUGUAAUCCUAUUUUUGGGUACAUGUAGUGUAUUGGGAUUUAUGAAACUAAACAGUGUUAUAGAUGCAUACCCACGUACAUCAAUACACAUUGAAGGUGCAGGUAAUGCAGUCUUAUUGAAUAAGAAUUACACAGCUAUAAUGAUUCAAAACAGUACUAAAAGAAUAAAAACAAGUGUAAAUGUAACCAGUGAAAGUACAUCAAGCAAUUCACUGUUACAAUUGGUUACAAAAUCGGCUCAUUCUGAAACAUUGAAAUCAAGUAUAAAGUCUCCGGGAUCCACAGAGUUCACAUUAAAUUUCAGUGUAAGUGCAGCAUUGCAGUAUGGUCAUUUCAGACCACAAAAAGGUUUUCUAACGAUUGGGAUCCCAUCGAUAAAACGAGAGAGGUUUAACUACAUCCAUAAAACAAUCGACUCAUUAUUAGCAAACUCGUCACCUGAGGAUAAGGAAACGGUUACUAUAGUGAUAAUGUUUAACGAUGAUGAUGCUGACUGGAACAAUGAACGAGCAUUAAACGUUUCAGAAACGUAUGACGAAUAUAUACAAUCUGGACAUAUUCAAGUAAUAACUUUACCGCCACAAUUAUAUCCGGAUUUCAAUCUUAUCCCAAGGACGUAUAACGAUAGUGUCGAACGAUUAACGUGGAGAAGUAAACAAAAUAUUCACUAUGCAUUUUUAUUCAAAUAUUGUCAUAAUAUCUCAGACUUUUAUAUGCAUUUAGAAGAUGAUGUUGUUGCAGCUAAAAAUUAUAUUCAAGACGUUAGGAAAUAUAAACGAAUUUUUAUGAACAAUUGGUUUUUAAUUCGAUUUUCAAAUAUGGGAUUUAUUGGAGUAUUUUUUAAAUCAUCUAACUUAUUGACAAUUUCUGAUUUCUUUCUGUUGUUUUAUGCCGUACAACCUUGUGACUUUUUAAUGAACAUUAUUGCAAAAAUAAAACUACAGGAAAAAGAAAUACGAUUUCGUCCAAGUUUGUUUCAACAUCAUGGUAUAAUCUCAUCUCUAAAGAAUAAAAAACAGCUCAUAGUAGACCGUUAUUUCAAAGGAACAAAAAUUAUACGACGCAAAAAAUAUUACAAUCUGAAUCCACCAGCGGAGGUGGACACGACUAUGGUUGUAUACGAAGAAUACACAGCCGAUCAAGCUUAUUUUAUAAAUGAUAAAUACUUUUGGGCAAUAAGCCCUCAAAAAGGACAAACAUAUACAGUUGUAUUGAAGGAGCAACAAACUUUAAAAGCUCUCGUUAUCGUUGGAGCCUUUCCAACAAAAAAGACAGACUAUAUUGAAAAUGGGGAAGUGCAAAUAUCCUCAUCCCAACAUUGCUCCGAUUGGAUAAAACUUGGAGAGUUAACUAAAGGCUCGUUUGAUACUGCAAAAGUCAAGAAUCCAGACAUUGCAAUUUUAUUGAGAAACAUAACUUGUAUUCAAAUCGAGGUAACAAAAUCACAGAGUAAUUGGGCCAUUAUUAGUGAAUUAGUCUUGAAACUAGAUGAAGAAAAGACUUAGUUAUCAAUAAAAAAAAAACAUUGUUUUCAUUUUUUAGAACA